AUGUCCAUGUGGAGGCAGCAUUACCACCGCGGCCACACGGGACAUGACAAGGAGCACUUCUUUGCCGUGGCUUCGGGUGAUUUCACCCGCAGUAUGUGCAUACCGUGGGAGGUUGGAAACCAUUUGGGGAGCAUGAUCUCUGAGACCAUCAAACUAGAAGCUCCUAAUGGCAUAUUCUGUAUUGGAGUGUGUAGAAAGCCGGGUGAACUAGUUCUUCAGUCUGGCUGGGAUAAGUUUGUCGCAAUGCAUCACGUAGAAGAAAAUUAUUCUUUUUGGUUUGUGUACCGUGGGAACUCUACCUUUAAGGUUCAUAUAUUCAAUCCCAACGGUCGUGAGAAGGCUAGUUCCUGUUCUCAACCACCUUCUCAGAGCUUUGGAGGUGUUCCACCUGGCGCUAUUUGCGAUCAUCAUGUGCUGAAUGAACAACUACUGUCUGAUCCUGGACAUGUUCAGACCUCCACUGACUCUGGCUAUAGCACAUUACCUGGCUGCCAUCUAAGCAAAGCACAAGAUGAGAAAGUACGUGAAAUAGCUUGUACCAUGAGAUCUCAAGUUCCCCUUUAUGUGGCAGUCAUGAACAAAAGCAAUGUCAACUUGAAGGACUGCUCUGUUAACUUACCGUUAAAGCUUGUGGAACAUUUCAAAGAGGACACAUCUAAAGCUACUAUUCAACUAGAAGCCCCUAAUGACAAUAUAUACGGUGUUGAAGCUUGCAAGCACGGUGAUGACCAAAUAGUCCUCCAAUAUGGGUGGAGUAAUCUUGUAGAUGCUAAUCGCAUACAAGAGAAUGACUUGCUUAUUUUUAUAACCAAGGGUAAAAAACGCCUUGAAGUUCGUAUUCUUGGCACAAGUGUUCAUCAGAGAACCUCUUCAUGCUUUAAUACGGGAAAUAUUUCUAGCACUCAAGAAAUUUGUGAAGAUUCACUUGAAAUAACCGAUCCAACCCCUCAUACAGACUACUAUGUGAGUAGUUCUGAUGAUGAUCACAUUGUGGAAGAAGGCACUAGAAAAUCAUGCUACUAUGUGAGUAGUUCAGAUGAUGAUCACAUUGUGGAAGAAGGCUACUAUGUGAGUAGUUCUGAUGAUGAUCACAUUGUGGAAGAAGGCACUAGAAAAUCAUGCUACUAUGUGAGUAGUUCUGAUGAUGAUCACAUCGUGGAAGAAGGCACUAGAAAAUCAUGCUACUAUGUGAGUUGUUCUGAUGCUCAUGAUAUUGUGGAAGAAGGCACUAGAAAAUCAUGUAGGCGGCAGAAGCAGGCACCUAGUCACUGUGCAAAAGCUCAAAAGGUGGCUUCAACAUCCUCCCCAUCUGCUGCUAAAUCAGGAUAUGAAGCUCACACGCCGAAUGAGCGAGCAUCUGUGGAGUUUGGGGUCGAUUUGGAACCUCAUAGCUCCACCAGCAAUCUCAAGGGGCCUUCCCAGCAUCCCUACAUUUUAUCUGAAAAAGGGACACCUCUAACUAAUGUGGAGAAGAAGAAAGUUGAGGAGAAAGUUCAAGCGAUUCAAUCUGAACUUCCUAUCUUUGUGGCACUAAUGACCAAAAGCCGGAUUAAUACCCAUCAUUUGGACGUCUGCAAGGAAUACGGUUCAAGAUACAUUCCACACAUAAGCAGAAGAAUGCGUCUCGUGCUUCAGUCGGAAGGAAGCACGACGGAGCAGCCAGCCAAAGUGGUAAUAAAUCAGAAUGGUAUGAGGUGGAUUCGUAGUGGCUGGAAGAAAUUCGUCGCCGACAAUGAUGUGCAGGAGGGGGAUAUCGCUCUCUUUGAACGGGCAAAGAGCACGAAAAAGCUCAGGAUGACCGUGUAUUUCGUCCGCAAGUCAGACAUAGAGGUGUAG